GGAGCACGUGGUUUGGAACGGCCGCCGCGUGCUUUCCUCCUUUCCCGCCCCGCUCUCGCCAACGCCCCCUCUUUCUUCACGAUGGCCGCGGCCGGGGAGCAACCACCACAAGCGGGCGGGGUGAAACGAAGAGGGAAGGCCCAGUACGUGCAGGCUAAGAGGGCCCGGCGCGGGGGUGGCGGCGGCGGCGGCCCUAGGCAGCUCGAGCCCGGGCUUCAGGGCAUCCUCAUUACCUGCAACAUGAAUGAGCGCAAGUGCGUGGAGGAGGCCUACAGCCUUCUCAACGAGUACGGGGACGCCCUGUACGGGCCCGAGAAGUUUGUAGACAAAGAUAAGCAACCAUCUGGAAGUGAGGAGGAAGAGGAAGAUGAUGCAGAAGCUGCCUUGAAGAAGGAAGUCAGUGAGAUACAGGCCUCUACAGAAUUGAGAUUAAGACGAUUCCAGUCAUUGGAGAGUGGAGCAAAUAACGUGGUCUUCAUUAGAACACUUGGCAUAGAACCUGAGAAACUUGUACAUCAUAUCCUAAAGGAUAUGUACACAACAAAGAAGAAGAAAACACGGGUUAUUCUACGCAUGUUGCCCAUUUCUGGCACAUGCAAAGCUUUCUUAGAAGAUAUGAAAAAAUACGCUGAAACCUUCUUGGAACCUUGGUUUAAAGCACCAAAUAAAGGGACAUUCCAGAUUAUUUACAAAGCACGAAAUAAUAGUCACAUGAGCAGAGAAGAAGUUAUUAAAGAACUAGCAGGCAUAGUGGGCUGCCUCAAUCCUGAAAAUAAGGUUGAUCUUAGUAAUCCCCAGUAUACCGUCGUGGUAGAAAUCAUUAAGGCUGUCUGCUGCCUGAGUGUCGUCAAAGAUUACAUGUUGUUCAGAAAAUACAACCUUCAGGAAGUGGUCAAAAGUAACAAAGAGGGGUCUCAGCCAAACCCUGGCCAGGAUGCACAAGUAAGAAACGGAAACAAGAUGGCAUCAGAGUUUGGAAACACAGACAAGGAGGAUCUCAAGUCAGAUGACUCUGCAGAAGAAAAAAAUAAUCCCCAGGUGAUGGUAGAGGGUAGUAAAGAGAAGACCCAGGUAGAGAGUGAGAAAGGAGCCAAAUCUGAAAAUGGAAGCCAAGUUAUGGAAGGCUCUAAAUCGAAUGAAAGUGACCUGGUCUUGGAGGAAAAUUAACAGUUGGAGCAGGAAGUAGUAAGAUAAGAGGCAUAUUCCAAAGAUGGGCCCAGAAUGUUGAGAGUAUUUUCGAGUAAUGAAACUUGCCCUGGAGGCGAGUUUCAUCUAAAGUUUUUCAGUUAUGGAACUACUAGAAAUACAAUGCCAUAUUUCACCAGCAACUCUGUUGGUUGAUUCAGUAAUGGACAGAAUAGUGUGGUGGUUCUCUCUCCCCUUCCCACCACCACAGGGAGUGAUUAUUUGGUUAAAUUUCUUAUUGACUCCCAAAAGCAUUUUUCCAUCAUCUAGAUUAGUAUUAGCUUGGGGACAACAUCCUAAAAUUCCUAAAAGAAAAUAGGAUUUUAGUUUUUGGGCCACUGUUUAAAGACAGGAAAGUUAAAUGUGGCACAACUUUUCAUAUCUGAGCAAGGUUUAACUUAGAAGUUGUUAGAUUCUUAGAAUGUCUGCAUUUUCAAGAUUUGUGUGAAAUAAAGGAAGAGUUUAUGCACAUUAUUAGCAGUAUCUCUUAGGGACAUAGGGUGAAAAUGCUUUUUAUAUAAAGUUCCAGCUGAUGCCCAGCUUCAAGGAAGAUGGUGUAGAAGCACCCGACUCAGGAUCCCUUGGAACUUAAGGACUUCUGAGCAUCCAUAUAUGUUGCCAUAAAGUUGGGUCAACUUUACAUUUUAAUUUUGAGAGCUCCUCUAGAAAGAUAAUUUUCUUUCAUUUUCAAAAUCUUAGAUCUUUCAUAUUUAUUUCUGUGGUUUUGGUACUAUCUGAAUAUGAUGUUUUUCAUAAGCAGCGCUUCCCCAAGUUAGUCAUUGGUACUGCAUCAGGCUUUGUGAUAAACUGAAUUAGUUUAUUUAAAGGUUUGUUUUCAGUUUUAUAAACUGUUUUCUCACACUGACAUUUCACUUUUAAAUGUCAAAAUUCCAUGGUGCAAAAUUGAUAAGCUCAGAUUAUCUUACCAUGUAGAGAAGAGGGUCAACUGUGUCUUCAGGCAAUGUUUCAUUAAUGCUGAUGUUAACUAUAAUUUGUAAAUGUCCUCAAGGCACAAUUCUUUUCCUUAUUGUUUUGGUUAAAUAUUUGACUGUAAUCCUCAGCAAGAUACUGUUUGUUUUUCAUUGAUACUUUUUCAAAAAUGCAAAAGUAAAUUUCCCUUACAGAAA